AUGUUUUAUUUGUUAUCGCCCCAAGCAUAUAAAUUUGUCCGACAAUCUGGUAAUUUAAUUUUGCCUCAUCCAAGUACUAUACAUAAAAUAAGUUCUAAAUUAAAUGUAAAUCCCCAAAAGGAAACAGAUGAUAUGUUGUUUUUGGCAUAUGCUAAGCAAAAAGCUUGCUAUCUGAAAGAGCAUGAAUUAUAUGUUUCAUUAAUGAUGGAUGAAAUUCACAUCAGACCUUUUCUUGACUACAAAAGUGGAGAUAUUGUUGGAAUUGGCCAGGAAGUUGAUAACUUAGCUUCUAGUGCACAUGUAUUUAUGAUACAGAGUAUUUUGUGCUGCUUUAAAGAUGUUGUCCAUAUAUUACCAUCGAAGAAAAUGACAGCUGAAGUUUUGUUCACUGUUUUGAAAAAAAUAAUUGUUGGUCUUGAAGCAAUAGGUUUCAAAGUAAUUGUUGUUGUUAGUGACAAUAAUUCCAUUAAUAGAAGAUGUAUAUCUCUGUUUAAUAAUCCAUUAUCAAAUUUUGUAUUUCCUCAUCCUGUUGAUGCAACUCGUCCAUUGUUUUAUGCAGUUGAUUCUGUUCAUAUUAUUAAAAGUGUUCGUAACAACUGGUUAAACCAGAAAAACCCUGAACAAGCUAUGUAUUUUCCAAAUUUUGACUUGUCUUCAAAUAAUGUAUGUACCUCUUCAUUUCUUACUUUAAAAAAUAUGUAUGAAGCUGAAAGUGGUAAUUUGUUAAAAUAUGGAUAUACAAUAUCUCGUAAAGCUCUGUGGCCUACAAAUUUAGAACGUCAAAGUGUGAAACUGGCUUUACAAAUUUUCAACGAUCAAACAUCACAAGGCCUGAAAGAAUUAGGAAUGCAUCUGAAGAAGCUGUUGGAAGCACCAGGAUGGGAACCUACAUCCAAAUUGGUUUUCAUUCUAGAAAAUUAA